UUAGGAGCGAGCCUUGCGAUCAUUCAACCCUGUUCCCACCUUCGUCUUGUCCACAGCAAAUUAGGGUUUCCAUUUCCAUCCUCAAAUCGAAACUCUAUUUCCCGGGAUUUGCUUUUGCCCCUUUCAUCUACAUGGCGAACCAGAUCUACGGCUACAAUUCAUCAUACGGAGGGACCGGUCUCUCCUACUCAUCCAAGCUCAGCAGCGGGUCCGUCAGAGAUCAAUACCUCUCAGACCCUUCCUUAAUCGGUUCUUCCAGAUAUCUCAGCUCAGAUCCGCUCUCAUCUGUCGAUUCCUCCAAUUUCUCCGUUGUCGACAGGGGAUCCAUGCUCUUCAACCAGUCCGACAGCCUGAGGUUUUCCGGCGGCGGCGAUCUGGGCGGAAUUGGUGGGACGGGAGGUUUUUCAGCGAGCAGGAUUCCAGGCGGCAUUGGAGCAGCGGCUGCAGCGACACUGUCGUUGUUCUCGCAGACAUCAUGGCCCGGUGCGGACGGGGUGGAGCCCGCAGUUUCUGGCAUCAGGUGGCCAGCUGAAGCUAUCUAUCAUCAGACUUUUCUGGGAAAACAUAACAUUAUCGGGCAAAGUGAAGCUUUGUUUCCUACAAGUUCUUUGACCAAGCGCCCUAGAUUUGAAAGUGCAAGCAAUCUGCCUAUUUAUCCUCAGCGACCAGGAGAGAAGGAUUGUGCUCACUAUAUGUUAACAAGAACCUGUAAGUUCGGAGAUGGCUGCAAGUUCGACCAUCCUCUUUGGGUUACUGAGGGUGGAAUCCCAGACUGGAAAGAGGUCCCUGAUAUCGCUACUAGUGAAUCUCCUCCAGAGAGACCAGGAGAACCUGACUGUCCAUACUUCUUGAAGACACAAAGGUGCAAGUUCGGUCUCAGAUGCAAGUUCAACCAUCCAAAAGAUAAAGUUGAAGUUCUACAUGCAUCUCAGAUUGCUUCAGAAACUGCUGAUGUUUCCGUAUUACCUGAGAGGCCUUUGGAGCCAAUUUGUUCGUAUUAUGUGAAGACUGGAAAAUGCAAGUUUGGGGCUAGCUGCAAGUUUCAUCACCCGAAGGAUAUUCAAAUUGCAUGUGCUGGACAAGAUCCUGGUAGUGGAGAACAGAUUGAAUUAGCUUCAAAGGAUGGGGAAACAGAAGCUGGAGAUGCAAAGCCAGUGAAACCAUUUGUUCCUUUGGCCCCAGCAUUGUUGCAUAAUUCCAAGGGAUUGCCUAUAAGACCGGGUGAAGUGGAUUGCCCAUUCUACCUCAAGACUGGCAGCUGCAAGUAUGGUGCCACUUGUCGCUAUAAUCACCCCGAUCGAAAUGCUCUCAAUCCGCUAGUUGCUGCCGCUCUAGGCCAUGCAAUUAUUCCCUAUAUAGCCACUAAUCCUCCUAUUGGAGCCAUGAAUUCUGCUGUCUCUAGUCUUUCAAACAUUGAUCCGCGGUUGGCCCAAACAACUGUAGGACUGGGCCCGACUAUCUACCCUCAACGGCCUGGACAGACCGAAUGUGAUUUCUAUAUGAAAACUGGGGAGUGCAAAUUUGGUGAAAGAUGCAAGUUCCAUCACCCCAUCGAUCAGUCAGAACCAACACCAUCAAUGAUGAAGCACACCCUUCAACAAAAUGUGAAGCUGACUCUUGCUGGCCUCCCGAGAAGAGUGGGUGCAAUUAUAUGUCCAUUCUACAUGAAAACUGGCACGUGCAAGUACGGCUCGACCUGCAGGUUUGAUCACCCACCACCAGGAGAGGUGGUGGCCAUGGCUGCAGCACAAAGUGCGUCUGGAGGUGAAGAGAGGGAUCCUGAAACUGCUGUCUAGUGGUGGAGAAUGCUGCCGCAGCUGCAGAACAGCAGAAGAAAAAUGACCGCCCCUUUUAUGCUUCUAGGAAUUAAGGAGCUGUAAAAUUCUGACAUGUUAGUAUCCUCAGUACCCUCACAAUCCCUGGGAUUUGUGAUUUUUAUUAGUAUUAUUAUUAU